AUGCCUCCGUCGACACCGCGACUGCGGAUUCUGUCAGUGGGCGGCAAUGCAGUCUCCGCCUUCCUUUCAUGGCGCCUCUCCGCGACCCAGGCGUGCGACGUGACGUUAGUAUGGAAGAACGGUUUCGAGAACGUCCACCAGUACGGCAUAUCAUUCAGGUCGGACAAAUUUGGCAAUGAACGGUUCAAGCCAAGAGCUGUCGUCAGAUCUCCCGAAGACGCUGCGGGUGCAAACCGAGCGUCCUUCGACUACGUCCUGCUCUGCGUCAAGGCCCUCCCCGACGUCUACGACCUCGCCUCCGUCAUCGAAUCCGUCGUCUCGCCGCAACACACUUGCAUCCUGGUCAAUACCACCCACACACUUGGCAUCGAGUCGUAUCUGGAACAGCGCUUCCCCACCAACGUCGUCCUAUCGCUGGUCUCGGGCGUCGAAAUCACGCAGCUCGGAGCUAGUGAGUUCGAGCACAAGGGUUCCACGGAGCUUUUUGUUGGUCCCGCAAACAAGAAUCCAUCUAUACCCGCAUCAAUACAACAAGAUAUGGCAGAGGCGCUAGCCAUGACAUUGAAGUCUGGUCAGGUGGAUUGCGAGGUUGCCAAAAACAUCCGGCAACAACAGUACGAGCGCAUGAUUGGACCCAUUGCCUUUUACCCUGCCAGCGUUCUUUACGAAACACCUGCUCAUGCCGAGCUUCUUGGAAAAGUCGGCGUCCGCUCGCUUAUCACUGGAAUAAUUGACGAACUUAUGAGCCUUGCAAAGGCCCAGAGCUGCGACUUUCCCCCCGGCUUCCGAGAACAGACAAUGGAGAAGAUGAUUGUCCCAGCAGAGACCAACAGCAUAAUGUACCAGGAUUUCUUGGCCAGGAGACCCAUGGAAGUGGAGACCUACCUGGGUUCGCCUGUGAAAAUAGCACAGGACACCGGGCUCCAGAUUCCCCGGAUCGAAACCCUGUAUUCUCUCCUCCACAAUGUCAACAUUGUUAAUCAGACCAAGCCGCAACAGCAGGCGCCUUCUUCACCGCCCGGACAGGCCACGCCGCGAAUGUCCUCAGCUCCAAUGGCGAAUGGAGCUAUGUAUGCCAACGGUCGUGGCCCGCCGCCCGCGAAUGGGCCUCCAAUGCGCAACGGCAUGAGACCUCCUGGCGCUCGUACAUCCUCUGCCUCUGGAGGGCCUCCGCCACCAGGCAUGAUGCGUCGUGGUCCACCUUCGAUGAGCGGCUAUCCACCUCCUGUGAGGAUGAAUGGGAUGAACGGUUACGGUCCUCGUGGUCACCCACAACAAAUGUCGCGACGGGGCUCCUUCGAAGGCAAUGAUUUGGAAGAGUUCAGCCAUGUGAUGCUUUACGACAACAUGACAGAAGCUGGCGAGGAUGGGUACGAUGGCAUGCAAGCUUCUUCAUCUGGUAAUCUUGCUUUGAGAGAGCGAGAACUCGCCUUGAGACGGAAAGAGCUGGAGUUGCGGGAGCGCGAGUUUCACAUGCGUCGUGGGGGACCCAGGAUGCCCCCUCCAAGAGAGACCUUUGAUGAAGACGACGAAGAUGGCGAGGACUUCUUUGACCCAAUGGCUGGCAACGGGGCAAGCCCUGCCGUGGACGCCGACAACAUUGAUAUGAUGAGCGUCACCUCCCGAAGGACCAGGAAAGCGCCGAGCGCGAGUCAACUGCGCACUAAUCCGGAGAUGAUGACCAAUGGACCUAUCCGUCACAGCCGCAAUCCUAUGAGACGACCGCCGAAACAGAGUCGCACCAGCGCAGCUCUGAUGAACGACAUGCCUGGCCUCCGUGAGCAGCUAAUGAACAACCCACUGAUGGGGUACUCGUCAGAUCGUUUUGGCACCGUUGAUCGUAUGAAUAUGGGCCAGGAGUCACGGGCUAACUCGCUCACCGCCGAACGUCUCAAUGAGCUGCAGCAUGGUGGUCCACCGCCUGGUACUUAUCCACCUCACAACGGCUUUCCAAUGAACAGGCGCGGGAGCCAGUCUCCAGGCAACCCACUCAGUCCCGGCCAACGCCCACCACAACGUCCCUCGCCACCGAACGGUUAUGGGCCGCCACCACCACAUCGCAACGGACGCCCUAGCCCGCCCGAUAUGCGGCAACCAGUGCCACGGCAUCCGCCAGGUCACGGUAAUGCGGGGGCUCCGCAUCAAAUAGAGCAACAAACUGGGGUGAGCAACCUCUACCCACCCAAAAGCGGUCCUCCAAACCAAGUACGCAGUCUGACAGGUUCUGCGAGCGCCAGCGCGGGGAGUGGUGAUAGCAAUCGCUCUGCGCCCAUCGACUCUGAGCCGUCCGCGCAUAGCUCUAGCAGCAGUUUAGGACCGCGACACGCUAUUGGCGUCAGAUAA